GGCGGGGCCCGAUGUCGGACGGAGGCCGGGGUCGGAUGCGACCGUAAACAGUCGCGCGGGGCACACGGCGCGGCGCUGGGCGCGUGGAGGUGGCCGUGUUGGCCGGCGGCAGCAGAGAAGUUCAAUCAUGGCGGCAGAUGCCAUCAUGAUCAUGAAAGGUUUGACAAAGCUCAGUAAAGCAGUCCUGGAAACCCAAGCAGGGCAGCUGCGGCAGGUGAUCCUUGGGGGCGAUGCAGUUACCGUUGCAAAGAGUCUCCAGGCAACUGCUGAAGAGCAGUUUAGUUCUGCCUGGGGAAAAAUGCAGGAACUGGGCAAACAACAGGAGAACUUAAGCAAUUUCAGUGAGGAUUUUGGGAAAGACUAUGACUUCUUGGCACAAGAGCCAUCGGAUGCUUCGAGGGACUUCUCUACUGCCCCCAGCAAGCCUCAUGAACACAGCAGUGAGGGCCCUGCUUACUCUUACACUACAAACGGACCUCUUAAAAGUGUUGGUGAGACUGGAGAUUCUGGCCUGGGUCAGAAGCCUUUCCCUCCCAAAAUGGAUGCAAGGUUAUUUGGAGGCUUUAGGGACCCUGGAAAUCCUUUUGCUGCUGUCUUUGGACAAAAUAGGGCUUUUCACCAAGAUCACUCCUCUGUUGGUGGAUUAACAGCUGAAGAUAUCGAUAAAGCCAGACAGGCCAAAACUGAGCAGAAACCUUACAAACAGAUGCUCAGUGAACGGGCUCGGGAGCGAAAGGUUCCUGUCACGAGGAUUGGGAGGCUUGCCAACUUUGGAGGAUUAGCUGUUGGUCUUGGCAUUGGGGCGUUGGCAGAAGUUGCGAAGAAGAGCCUUAGACCUGAAGAACGCAGUGGAAAGAAAGCGGUGAUGGAUUCCAGCCCGUUCCUGUCGGAGGCCAACGCAGAAAGAAUUGUGAGAACCUUGUGCAAGGUCCGGGGGGCAGCACUGAAGCUGGGACAGAUGUUAAGCAUCCAAGAUGAUGCCUUCAUCAAUCCGCACCUCCAGAGAAUUUUUGAGCGCGUACGUCAGAGUGCCGACUUCAUGCCAAUAAAGCAGAUGACGAAAACGCUGAACAAUGACCUUGGCCCCAACUGGAGAGACAAACUGGAAUCCUUUGAAGAACGCCCUUUUGCUGCUGCUUCAAUUGGUCAGGUUCACCUGGCACGCUUAAAAAAUGGAAAAGAAGUUGCUAUGAAAAUUCAGUACCCUGGAGUUGCCCAGAGCAUUAACAGCGAUGUUAAUAACCUGAUGACUGUCCUGAGCAUGAGCAAUAUUCUGCCUGAAGGUUUGUUCCCUGAGCACUUGAUUGAAGUCCUGAGCAGAGAGCUGGCCCUGGAGUGCGACUACCAGAGAGAAGCUGCCUGCGCGAAGAAAUUCCAGGAGCUGCUGAAAGACCACCCCUUCUUUUACGUUCCAAGAGUAGUGGAUGAGCUGUGCAGCAAACAUGUCCUGACCACAGAGCUGGUGUCUGGCUUCCCCUUGGAUCAAGCUGUAGGGCUGAGCCAGGAGAUCCGAAAUGAGAUUUGUCACAACAUUCUGGUCCUAUGUCUGCGGGAGCUGUUUGAGUUCAGGUACAUGCAGACUGACCCCAACUGGUCCAACUUCUUCUAUGACCCGCAGCUGCACAAGGUGGCUCUGCUGGACUUUGGAGCAACACGAGGAUUUGAUGAGAAGUUCACCGAUGUUUACAUCGAGGUAAUCAAGGCAGCUGCUGACAUGGACAGAGAGAGAGUACUGAAGAAGUCCAUUGAAAUGAAAUUCCUCACUGGCUAUGAAGUCAAGGAAAUGGAAGAUGCCCACUUAAACGCUGUCCUCAUCCUGGGAGAGGCUUUUGCAUCUGAAGAACCUUUUGAUUUUGGCAACCAGAGCACCACUGAAAAGAUCCAUGGUUUAAUUCCAGUCAUGCUGAAGCAUCGGCUUGUUCCUCCACCAGAAGAGACCUACUCUCUUCAUCGGAAGAUGGGGGGUUCUUUCCUUAUCUGCACCAAACUGAAGGCCAAAAUUCCUUGCAAAAACAUGUUCAAAGAGGCAUACAGCAAAUAUUGGAGCAGUAGGGGCAAGAAGCCAGAGGAUUAGUAAGAAUGAACUAAUGUUCUGAGGGCACAGUUUGCGCCUUGCAAAGAGCGUUCUAGCCUCCCAUGUGUUCUGUUGUAGCUCUCCAUCCUCUUGAUUUGCAGCAGCCUGUGCCUUGGAAGCCAAGCGUGUGUUUCACGCAGACAAAGUUUGUUCUUUCACGUUCUGUCUGUCCUAAACUAAGACUGCCAGUACAGCCUGCAGCUUGCAGGAAAAUAGCACAAGUGCUUCUGUACUGUUUCAAGGCACCAGCCAACUACCUUGAAUACAUUUUUAACAUUGUGAUGGUGGCUGCACAGUGAUCGGGUUUUAUAAUGGGUAGGUGGAGGAGAGCAAGAGUGGAAUUCAGUAUUGAAAUCCGUUGGUAAUUCUUCCCCCAGAAAUACUUGUUGUUUUUUUUUUUUUAAAAAAAAAAACCUUCAUUCUUUCUUGAUAAGGUGGAAUUCAAGUAGUUUUCAUUAUAGAAUGAAAUACCAAGGUGUACCCCUACCACGAGGUCUCCCCCUUUUGCCCUGGUUUUGUAAGUCAAGUGGUGGCAGUCCAAGAACCCUCCUGGAUUUUACUGACACUGAUUUAAUACAAGGGGUGUACGUGUGUGUGUACAUAGCAUGAGGUUUUAAGCUUUCUACUCCUCUUUGGCUUGCAAAGUAAACAUAGGAAACAUUUAGAAAGAAGUCUGAGAAUUGAGUGCCAAGAUUUUUUUUUAAACACACACACACAAACACACACACUCUCACAGUCUUUGGUUCUGGGAGACAAAUGCUUAACCAACAGUACUAUAUCUCAGCACAGAUAGUGGGUUUCUUCACUGUCUGGUAGCUAUCAUCUUUCCUGAUAUUGAGUUAGAUAAGUUCCAUCUCUGACACUGAUUGCUUGCUGGACUCUUAACAAGUGAGUCUGUCUUUGUGGCUGUUUUCUGGUAACGCAAAGCUUAUGGCAAGGCAGCCAAACACCUCCUGUCUCGCGUGAAUAUUUCAAGCUUUUGCUGAUAUGACACAUUUAAAACCAGACGCACAAUUUUCAACUAUUGAAGUCAAGCUAGCAAACUUUCUUAGAUUUUUGUACGAAGCCCUGUACCUGUACGAGUUCUGAUUUCAAUAAACAAGUGCUUGUGCGGUG